AUGUCCGUCCUCUCCAUGGGGGUUCCUUUUAUCAAGGCCUCCAUCUCUGUUGUUUACAUGCCUCAGAGCCGCAUCCAAUUAUCCAUUAGGUUUCUCCUCCUUUCAGGGUCCUUCAUGUUGGUGAACUCUUCCCAGCAUGCCGUUGGUCAACGCGCCCAGCUGCUGCUGCAGACGCUGAGUGAAAAUGACACCCACUGCGUCCAGUUCAGCUACUUCCUGUACAGCCGCGACGGCCACAGCCCCGGAGCCCUGCGCGCCUACGUACGGGUCAACGGCGGCCCCCUCGGCAGCUCGGUGUGGAACGCGUCGGGUUCUCAUGGCAAACAGUGGCACCAGGUGGAGCUGGCUGUGAGCACCUUCUGGCCCAACGAAUAUCAGGUGCUGAUCGAGGCCACCGUUUCCAGGGAGCGGCGCGGCUACAUUGCCUUAGACGACAUCAUGGUGCUCAACUAUCCCUGCUAUAAGGCGCCGCACUUCUCCAGGCUAGGAGACGAGGAGGUCAACGCGGGGCAAAACGCCACCUUCCAGUGUGUUGCUGCAGGAAGGGCCUCAGAGGCCGAGAAGUUUCUUCUGGAGAAACACAAUGGGGACAUUUUAACAACGGCGUCAGUCAAGCACCUGAGUCAUCGGCGCUUCGUGGUGUCUUUCCAGCUAGACAGCGUUCAGCGUUCCGAUCAGGACCUUUACCGCUGUGUCACUCAGUCCCCCAGGGGCUCCGGAGUCUCCAACUUUGCUGAACUCAUCGUCAAAGUUCCUCCGUCGCCCAUCGCGCCGCCCCAGCUGCUGCGCGCCGGCUCCACCUACCUGAUCAUCCAGCUCAACACCAACUCCAUCCUGGGAGAUGGCCCCAUUAUCCGGAAGGAGAUUGAGUACCGUGCAAGCCAGUCCCCGUGGUCAGAGGUGCAUGGAGUGAACAUGGUCACCUACAAGCUGUGGCACCUGGAUCCAGACACAGAGUAUUACAUCAGUGUGCUGCUGACUCGGCCCGGAGAGGGAGGGACUGGUCCGCCUGGACCUCCGCUUGUGAGCCGGACCAAGUGUGCAGAGCCCAUGCGUCCACUGCGAGGCCUCAUAGCCACCGAUGUCCAGCCCAGGCAACUGUCCCUGCAGUGGGAGAAUCUGGCAUUCAACCUGACACGUUGCCACACCUACUCAGUGUCCCUGUGCUAUCGCUACACAAUGGCUGGGGGAGGCGGAGGCCACAACACCACCGUACGCGAAUGCCUGGCCGUAGAGCACAACGCCUCGCGCUUCACUCUCCGCGAUCUGCCCCCGUACCACGGCAUUCACGUCCGUCUGUCCCUGGCAAACCCAGAGGGGAAGAAAGAGGGCAGAGAGGUCACCUUUCAGACCGAGGAGGACAUUCCCGGAGGCAUAGCACCAGAGUCACUCACCUUCACCCCUCUGGAUGACAUGAUCUUUCUGAAGUGGGAGGAGCCUGUCGAGCCCAACGGCCUUAUUACCCAAUAUGAGAUCAGUUACCAAAGUAUCGAGUCAUCUGAUCCAGGCAUCAAUGUCCCGGGGCCCAGGAGAACAGUGUCCAAGCUUAAAAAUGAGACCUACCACAUGUUCUCCAACCUUCACCCUGGAACGACUUACCUGAUCUCCGUGCGAGCACGUACAGCCAAGGGCUUUGGCCAGACUGCACUUAAGGAAAUCACCACUAACAUCUCAGCACCUACAUUUGAUUAUGGAGACAUGCCAUCCCCCCUGAGUGAAACUGAGAGUACAAUUACCGUGUUGCUGCGCCCCGCUCAGGGCAGAGGAGCACCUGUUAGCACGUACCAGGUGGUGGUUGAGGAGGAGAUGGUUAAGAAAGUCAAACGGGAGCUGGGGCUUCAGGAGUGCUUCCCGUUGCCCAUGUCGCACAGCGAAGCCCAGGCCCGGGGCACUCCACACUACUACACCGCUGAGCUGCCUCCCAGCAGCCUGCCGGAGGCCAGUCCCUUCACUGUGGGCGACAAUCACACUUACAACGGUUACUGGAACAGCCCGCUGGACCCCCGGAAAAGCUACCUCGUCUACUUCCAGGCCAUGAGCAACUUCAAAGGGGAAUCCAGGAUUAACUGCGUCCGCAUUGCUCGCAAAGCGGCCUGCAAAGAUCACCGUAAGGCCCUAGAGGUCUCCCAACACUCCGAGGAGAUGGGACUGAUUCUUGGCGUGUGUGCUGGAGGACUGGUGGUUCUCAUCCUUCUGCUUGGUGCCGUCAUCAUCAUCAUCAAGAAAGGGAAACCAGUGAACAUGAACAAGACACCUAUUACCUACCGGCAGGAGAAGAGCCAUAUGGGCUCCAUGGAGCGCAGUUUCACAGAUCAGAGCACCCUGCAAGAGGACGAAAGAAUGGCUCUUUCCUUCAUGGACUCACACACAUGCGGUACACGAAGUGACGCUCGCAGCUCGGUGAACGAGGCCAGCAGCCUGCUCGGAGGCUCCCCGAGGCACCAGUGUGGACGCAAAGGCUCCCCUUACCACACGGGUCAGCUCCACCCCGCGGUCAGAGUGGCUGAUCUGCUCCAGCACAUCAACCAGAUGAAGACUGCCGAGGGCUACGGCUUUAAGCAGGAAUACGAGAGCUUCUUUGAUGGCUGGGAUUGCACAAAGAAGAAGGACAAAACCAAAGGGAGGCAUGACACUUUGCUGGGAUAUGACCGGCACAGAGUGAAGCUCCAUCCUCUUCUGGGAGACCCCAACUCCGACUACAUUAAUGCUAACUACAUUGAUGGCUACCAUCGAUCCAACCACUUCAUCGCCACUCAGGGACCCAAGCAGGAGACCCUGUACGAUUUUUGGAGGAUGGUGUGGCAGGAGAACUGUUUCAGCAUUGUCAUGAUCACCAAGCUGGUAGAAGUUGGCAGGGUAAAGUGCUGUAAAUACUGGCCUGACGACAGCGAGAUGUACGGUGACAUCAAGAUCACCCUGCUUAAGACAGAGACGCUUGCUGAGUACACAGUUCGCACCUUUGCUUUGGAGAGGAGAGGAUAUUCAACCAAGCACGAGGUUCGACAGUUCCACUUCACGUCCUGGCCUGAACACGGGGUGCCCUAUCACGCCACCGGACUGCUGGCUUUUAUACGAAGAGUCAAGGCAUCCACGCCUCCUGAUGCUGGUCCUGUGGUGGUCCACUGCAGCGCGGGGGCGGGCCGUACCGGCUGCUACAUCGUCCUGGAUGUCAUGUUGGACAUGGCCGAGUGUGAAGGUGUGGUGGACAUCUACAACUGUGUGAAAACCCUCUGCUCCCGACGUAUCAACAUGAUCCAAACCGAGGAGCAGUACAUAUUCAUCCAUGAUGCCAUUCUAGAGGCGUGUCUUUGUGGAGAGACCGCCAUCUUGGUGAAUGAGUUUGCAGUCACUUACAAAGAGAUGCUGCGUGUGGAUUCUCAGAGCAAUUCCUCUCAGCUGCGGGAGGAGUUCCAGACCCUGAACUCUGUGACUCCCCACCUGGAUGUGGAAGAGUGCAGUAUUGCUCUGCUGCCCAGAAACCGUGAGAAAAACCGCAGCAUGGACGUCCUGCCGCCGGAUCGCGCCCUGGCCUUCCUGGUAACCACCGAGGGGGAGAGUAACAAUUACAUCAACGCGGCCCUGGCUGACAGCUUCCACAGGCAGGCUGCCUUCAUCGUGACGCCUCACCCGCUGCCGGGCACCACGGCUGAUUUUUGGAGGCUGGUUUUUGAUUAUGGCUGCACAGCAGUAGUCAUGCUCAACCAGCUAAACCAGUCAAAUUCUGCCUGGCCUUGUGUUCAGUACUGGCCAGAGCCCGGUUUACAGCAGUAUGGGCCCAUGGAAGUGGAAUUCCUGUCCAUGUCAGCUGAUGAGGAUGUCAUAACCCGUCUGUUUCGGGUCAAGAAUGUCACAAGGCUCCAAGAGGGCCAGCUGGUGGUGUGUCAGUUCCAGUUCCUGCGCUGGUCGGCUUAUCGUGACGUCCCCGACUCCAAGAAGGCUUUCCUCAACCUGCUGGCUCAAGUGCACAAGUGGCAACGGGAGUGUGGAGAAGGACGCACGGUGGUGCACUGCCUCAAUGGUGGUGGUCGUAGUGGGACACUCUGUGCCUGCAACAUCCUGCUUGAGAUGAUCCAGUACCAGAACAUGGUGGACAUCUUCUAUGCUGUCAAAACUCUACGCAACUGCAAACCCAACAUGGUGGAGUCUCUGGACCAGUAUCGAUUUUGCUACGACCUCAUCCUGGAGUACUUGGACUGCUUUGAGGGCAGAUAGCAACUAAAUGUUUACCACAGCACAACUGUCCCAUGUGGUGGAGAUUUGAUUUGAGGCCACCCAGUGACAUCCCCUCUUCUAUAAUAUUUGGACCUCUGGACUUUGAAGAAAGGAGUAGAAAGAAAAAAAAAAAAGGUCAAGGUUCUAACUUUUAACCUUUAAUGUACAGCUGUGAGUUCCUCUUCGUUGAUGUUUCUCCCUUUUGAUAUUAUUUGUGUUUUACUUGGUCCUUUUUGCCUCCUGGGCCGAUCCGCUUUUGUGCUGAAGGUUUCUGUAGCAGCAAAACAAUAUUCUGAGCUACCUGUGUAUUCUGACGAGGGUCUCCAUUGCUGUGCUUCAUUUUUUCAGUUCAGCUGCGUUCCCCUGAAUUGGAAACAUUUUCUUCUCUUAUAAGAGCUGCAUAGGACAGCAGUCUGCUGUGGCUGAGGCAUGACUUAUCUAACAUACCAUAAACUGCCUUAUUAUCUAUUGUUAGGACACAGUCAUUCAGAUGUAACAACAUCAAUCUGAAGUGGCCAUCACACUUGUGUAUAAAACAGCAACAAGAGAUUUAAUAGACUUACAGGAGUACAACUGACCAACUCAGUAUUGAGGCAGAAACUGUACAGUAGUGCAAUGUGUUGUAUUUUUGCCAUAAUGUGUGUGCUGGAUUACCAUGUGUGCUAAAGGUGGGUGUUUCCUGGCACCGCAGCAGUGGUCCCGAUCCCACCACAGGAGAUUCCUGUCUCAUUACUGUCACAGUGCCAAUCCCACUUACUGACUUGAAUCCUUUACUUUGUUCUUUGCUUCAUCUCAAUGUAUGCCUACAAACAUGUACUGUGUCAUCUAAUGUUCCCACUCCGAGGUGAUUGUUUGUAUUUUAUACCCAGUGGGAAAGAAAAACAAGCAGUGGGUAACCGUAUCGAGAUGCCCUUGUGCUGAUGUGAAAACUAAUGUUCCAUUAAUGCUUCGGUGGUUUGUCUAUACCAGUGCCGCACUACAGAUUCAAGUCUGUAACCAUUUUACUAUUUUAUUGUCUGAGACGUUUGGUUUUACUGUAAACUGUUAAAGUAAGUUAAAGCAGUUUGACUUUAAUCAGUUGCGCGGCUCAUUUUGAGCGUUUUGACUUAAAGUCACUCAUUGUUAGUGGUGUGAAAUGAGUUAAUAUGUAUAUAUCGUAAAAAGGGGCAUUAGGAUUGAGUAGAGGGGUAAAUGAAAUCUGUUGUGCAGCACCACUUGCACUUGAACAUGUUGGUGUUUUCACAACAUUUUCAGUGUGACAAAAGUAAAUUAAAAAGGAAAUAUGUUAAGAAACAACUUGCCAGAGACCCUGUUGUUAAGUUACCACAGACAUGAUUUAAAAAAAAAAAAAAAGUGUUUUUCAGGUGCUCAUCAAUGGCUGGAGACCAUGGAGCUCCAUAUGCCUCGGCCAGGCUGGUACAAACUGAUCUAAAUCAGCUUUGUAACAGCCUCGUCACACAGGGAGGAAGCCAUUUUGGGUUUUUCUUUUUUUCAGAAGAACAAACACACCUUCUAUUGUUAACCUUUAAAUUAUCUUUCGCUCCACCAUCCCUCCUGCAGCUCCUUUCAGUGCAGCUUUGCUAAGCGGGUGGUGACUGUACCACUCAGGGACCUGCUUUGUUAAACCAGGAGAGGCACCUUGAAGCCCACAGAAGCUGAAAAAUGACAGCUUUAGGCAAAGUCUGCUGCUCGUUUGCAGCUCACAGUAAGAUUUUUCGACAGUGCGCCAAUACCACCAGGCUCUCAAACAUUCACGCAUAUACAGAACAGCUGGUUUUUGAUGGUUAGCUACAGUGCAGUCAGUGAUCUGGCUCCUGGAUUGCUGGAGGAAGUGCCUGGAUGCUUUUUCUCAAGUGUCAAUGGAAUGUGUACAUACAGAUGUAUAUUGUAAUGUGAAUACCAUGUGAAUAAUAUACUAUAUGUUUGCCCAGAGUAAAGACGUACAGUAAUUAACCACUGCAUAACCACAAAGCUGAAUGUGCUGUAAAUGACCAUUUUGUGAGGUUUUUGUUUUGUUAGUUUGCCAGACAACAGAGUAUGAACUGCAGUCAGACUUUGAGUGUUCAUCUCAUCACUUUAAAUGAAGAGCUCAUCAAAAUGUAUGAGUGUACCGUCUGCUUUGCAUUUCGUUUAAUUAAUUUCGGACUAUCUAGAUCGUCAUGAAGUAUUUCAUCUGCUGUCUGAGUGCAUUGUACUUUUAUCAUUCCAAAGCGUUCUAUUCUUACUGCAAACUGCCAACACAGGAGCCCUGAUUUCACUCGCCUCUUUCUGUAUGAACCAAUGGUACAUGACUACUGUGUUUUUGACCAUUGUAUCUGUGGGGACAAGGGGUGUAUUUAAUGAGAGGGGAAGGAGAUGGCAGAUGUACAUUAGAGUCAGGACGGGGUUUCUGCUGAGGGCAAAAUGAUUAACAAUAAAAGAGAAAGAGGGG